AUGAAUACACAAAUUAAAGCAACUAGACAACCAUUAUCUCAAAUUGAUUUUAAUUAAGAUUUAGAUAAUUGUGGUGGUACAACACCUAAACAUAAAUAAUUCAAAACUGCUAUUACACUCAAUAGUGAUUAUAAGAAUAAUCAAAAUUAUAAUGUUCAAUUCAAAGUUAAAUAAUAGAAUCAAACUAUGGAUUUAGUUAGUAUUAAUAAUGCAAGUAGACUUAAUGAAAAUAAUACAAUUUUCAUGAGUCCUGCUCCACUUCGCAGAAAUACUUAAUUUCAAAUAUAAUAAUAGCAAUAAUAAAUUACUUCACCUUUGUAAAAGAAUUAUAGUUAGAAACAUUUUUAACCUAAUUCUCCAAUUACAAAACCUAAUAUUUAAUUUAGAGGAGUUUCUCAAUAACCUUUUAAUUAAAAUGUGUCUCAUACAACAACUUAAAAAUUAGAGUCAGAUGUUCAAAUUUUGAAGAAUUAAAAUCAUGCAUUAUAAUAAUAAAUAUUUUAAUUAGAGUCUAAUAUUUAAAGAGGAAAUAGUACAUAAUUUAUAAAAGAAUUAGAAAACAAAAUAUAAAUGCUUUCAAAAUUAAACGAAAAAUUAAAUUAAGAUAAUUAACAACUAAUUAAAAUUAGUAAUGUUGAAUAAUUAAGAAAAGAGAAAGAUAAUUAAUCUAAAAAAUUAGAAGAAUUAGAGAGUCAAUAUGAUAAUUUAUUAAAAUAAUUUGAGUAAUUUGAUUGUUAAAAAUUAAAUGAAUUACAAUAAAUGAAUCAAGAAAAUAUAAUUGAAAAUUUAGUAAUGGAUUUAGAAAAUAAAAUAACUGGAUUAAUAAUUUAAAAUGAAAAGUUAAAUUUAUAGAUUUAAGCAGGAUAGAAAAUAGAUUAAAAUAUUGAAUAAUUAUAAUUAGAAGUAUAAUAACAUUAAAUUGCAUAUUAAAAAUUGAAACAUGAAGAAGUUUAAUAUAGAUUUAAAUAUGAUACAGCAAAUUAUGAUGAGAAAGUAAGUAAAAGACAUUAACAAAAUGAUAAUAAAGAUAAAGUAAUUGAAAAUGUAUUAGAAUUAAUAUUAUUAAAUAGAUUAAACUUUUAGAAGAAGAAAACUCAAAAUUAAGAGAGUUAAUAAAAGAUGUAGAUUAUGAAGAAGAGAUUAAAGAUAUGGAGGAUAGGGUAUAUUAUUAUAUUUAAAGGUUAUUAGAUUCGAGUGAUAGCCUAAGAUAAUAAAAAAUUAGAAAUGUAAUUGCUAUAAAAAUGA